CGAAAGAUGCGAGGGCGAAACCAAAUCCUCUCCCUGGCGCGUAAACGUGAAAGGCCAGUCCAGAACACUAUUAUUAUGAUGACCCGCCAUGUACGAAACUGGUAAAUUUGCCCUCUCCGCGCGGCGACUGACGGGUCGUCUUCGCUCCCUCUUUUGCCUGCGAUGGAGAUUCCACACUUGAGCAGAUGUUCGACAAGUCAAAAACCUGACGUGUUGUUUGUGCAGGGCUCGUUGGUGAUCGGUACUUAUCGAGCCCUAGUCAUAACCCCCCGAUUCUGCCUCUCGUGUCUCUCGUCUAUUCUAAUCGUCGUCGUCGUCGUCAACAUCCUUGUCGCUUGGCUUUUGGCGCGUACAAGAAAGACUCCGAAGCAGGGCCGAACUAUGAAGGAAUUUCUUGCACAUCUUUUUGCAGUUGCGCGGUCUUCGAUGUGUGUACAAGGUACCUACGUGAUUUUUUUCUGCAAUUUGGACAUUGGUGGUGAUGAUGGUGGACGAUGAAUUGGAUGACCUUCAGGGCUUGCGCCAGUUUCCUCG